AUGGUUAAGUUGGAGGGUCAGGAAGGUGGACACUCGACUUGCAUAAAUGGAGAAAUUACUGGAUUGACUCCUGGAAAACAUGGAUUUCAUGUGCACAUGUUUGGAGACAUAUCGAAAGGUUGUGGCAGUGCUGGACCUCAUUACAACCCCUGUAAUGAAACUCAUGGAGCACCACAAGACAAAAAAAGACAUGUAGGCGACCUGGGCAACAUAGAAGCUGAUGAAAAUGGAGUAGCCUGUGUUGAAAUGGAAGACCGACUUAUUCGCUUAGCUGGAAAGUAUUCUGUUAUUGGACGUACUUUGGUGGUUAAUGAAAAGGAAGAUGAUCUGGGCAAAGGUGGUAACAACGAAAGUCUUGAAUCAGGAAACCAUGGAGCAGGUGUAGCCUGGGGUAUAAUUGGUAUAGAUGAAGACCCCAAGUAA